ACGUCAACGGCAAUAUUACGAAAAAACGUCUUGCAAGGUCCAGCUUCCACGAUCAAACAGGACUACCCACCUGCGUGCAUGUAGAGCCGCAGUCAUAUUCCUUAAAUGGAUCUCAUUCAGCCCCAGCACCCGAGCUCCGCAGCCAGGGAUCGACAAGAUUACAUGUACCCUUUUACCAUGCAGGUGUAAUAACCUCUCAACUGCCUGGCGGCACCACUGGUCCUCGUCUUCCUGUGACUACACCCUCCAUUACUAACUCGACUACUGGAAUCGGUCACAUCAUCGUAGCUAUCGAUCAGGUUGCCUCCAAAAUCGUAAACCUUACCACCUCCUCGUCGAGUGGCUCAAACGAAACCAUGUCAGGCUCAAGAAGACCACAGGAGGAGCCGGAGAACGCUCUUUCGGUACUACUCGCUGCUCUACCUGUCGAUGUGGCAUCGUCGAUCGAAGCCGG